CCAAGGUGUUGGCGGCGGCGGCGGGGACGCGCUCGCCGCUCGUGCCCGCGCCGCCCCCCCGGCCGCGCUCCCCUCGGCUCUGCCCGGCUCUCGCUCCCCGGCUGCGGCGGCUCGGCCAUGGCGGAGCUGAGCGCCGAGCGGCUGCGGGCGCUGCCAGGCAGCUGGAGUUACGGGAUCAGCCAGGGCGGCCGCGUCUUCUUCAUCAACGAGGAGGCGAAGAGCACGACCUGGCUGCACCCGCUCACCGGCGAGGCCGUGAUCACCGGGCACCGCCGCAGCGCAGACUUACCCACAGGUUGGGAGGAAGCCUAUACUUUUGAAGGUGCAAGAUAUUAUGUAAAUCAUAAUGAACGAAAAGUAACCUGCAAACAUCCAGUGACAGGACAGCCAUCGCAGGACAACUGUAUUUUUGUUGUGAAUGAGCAGACUGCUGCAGCAAUGUCAUCUGAAGAAAAGAAGGAGCGACCAGUAAGCAUGAUAUGUGAAGCAACAAACUAUAAUCUGGCAUCAGAUUAUGCUGCUCAUCCAAUGAGCCCUGUGGGCAGAACAUCACGAUCUUCAAAGAAGGUUCAUAAUUUUGGGAAGAGAUCGAACUCCAUAAAGAGAAAUCCUAAUGCACCAGUUGUCAGACGAGGCUGGCUCUACAAACAGGACAGCACUGGAAUGAAGCUGUGGAAGAAGCGCUGGUUUGUGCUCUCAGAUCUGUGUCUCUUCUACUACAGAGAUGAGAAGGAGGAGGGAAUCCUGGGGAGCAUACUCCUGCCGAGCUUCCAGAUAUCUGUGCUGUCUGCUGAGGACCACAUCAACCGCAAAUACGCCUUCAAGGCAGCUCAUCCAAACAUGAGGACCUAUUAUUUCUGCACAGAUACAGGGAAGGAAAUGGAGUUGUGGAUGAAAGCCAUGAUAGAUGCAGCACUUGUGCAGACAGAGCCUGUGAAAAGAAUAGAGAAGUUCACUGUUGAAAAUACAUCACCUCGAGAAGCAAAUAACAUUUCAAACCAUCGGGUGCUAAUUAAGCCAGAGGCACAAAACAACCAGAGAAACAGAGAAGUGAACAAAAACGAGGAGAAGAAAGCUUUGGAAGCUGAAAAAUACGGAUUCCAGAAAGUCGGGCAGGACAGACCAUUAACAAAAAUUAACAGCGUGAAGCUGAACCCUUUGGGAUCCGAGUACAGGACUUUGCCCAUAAGCACAAUUCCAGGUGGGCACUUCAGGCCUGUGCAUUUGAAUGGAUCUGAGAGUAAAUCCAUGGGAGUGGUGCUGGCGGAUGCUGGGGAUGGAGCCCACCACAACGCCGUGCCGGCGCACGCGGAGGCCGAGCGCGUCAUGCAGAGAACCAACUCCAUGCUGCAGCUGGAGCAGUGGAUCAAAAUCCAGAGGGGGAAGGGACAGGAGGAGGAAACAAGAGGCAUCAUCUCCUACCAGACGCUGCCGAGGAACAUGCCAAGCCAUCGAGCUCAGGUGCUGCCCCGGUACCCAGAGGGGUACAGGACACUGCCAAGGAACAGCAAGACACGUCCAGAGAGCCUCUGCAGCGUGGCUCCCUACGACAGAGCCAUGGGACCCGCGAGCGCCGAGGACAAGCGGCGCUCCAUGCGCGACGACACGAUGUGGCAGCUCUACGAGUGGCAGCAGCGCCAGUUCUACAACAAGCAGACCACCCUCAGCAGGCACAGCACCCUGAGCAGCCCCAAAACCAUGAUCAACAUCUCCGACCAGACCAUGCACUCCAUUCCCACGUCCCCCUCGCACGGCUCCAUCGCGGGUUUCCAGGGGUACUCCCCGCAGCGGACAUACCGCUCGGAGGUGUCGUCGCCCGUGCAGAGGGGAGAUGUGACUAUCGACCGCAGGCACAGGACGCAUCACACAAAGCAUGUCUUUGUGCCUGACAGAAGGUCGAUGCCAGCAGGUCUGAGUUUACAGCCUGUUACUCCUCAGAGCCUCCAAGGCAAAACACCGGAGGAGCUGACUCUGCUGCUCAUAAAGCUGAGACGGCAGCAGGCGGAGCUGAGUAGUAUCCGGGAGCACACACUAGCACAGCUCAUGCAGCUAAAGCUUGAGGCCAGCAGCCCAAAGAAUGAGAUUCUUUCACAUCACCUUCAAAGGAAUGCCAUAUAUUUGGAUCACCAGAUGAAAGAGAAUGAACCUUUAAUCACCAUGGUUCACACUAUGAUUGAGAACUCGGCGCUAAGACCGCAACUGUACCAUCAAUUAACACAAGAAGAAUGUAGGGGUACACUAUACAAAUAUAGAACUGAAGAGCUGGACAUUGAUGCUAAGCUUAGCCGUUUAUGUGAGCAGGAUAAAGUUGUGCAAGCACUGGAGGAGAAGCUUCAACAGCUACACAAGGAGAAAUACACGCUUGAGCAAGCUCUGCUGUCAGCAAGCCAGGAGAUAGAGAUGAAUGCAGAUAACCCAGCAGCCAUACAGAAUGUAGUGCUACAGAGAGAUGACCUGCAGAAUGGGCUGCUCAGCACGUGUCGGGAGGUGUCCCGAGCCACUGCAGAACUGGAAAGAGCUUGGAGAGAAUAUGAUAAAUUGGAGUAUGAUGUAACUGUAACAAGGAACCACAUGCAGGAUCAGCUCGAUCGGCUUGGAGAAAUUCAGACUGAAUCAGCAGGGAUACAGCGUGCUCAGAUUCAGAAGGAGCUCUGGAGAAUUCAGGAUGUCAUGGAGGGUUUACUUAAACAUAAACAGCAGAGAAGCUCUUCUGAGGCAGGCAUCAUGGUAUCAAGGACAUUUUCUUCUAUUAAAUAUAAAAAUGAGGAAGAGGAAGUAGUCCCACCUCGUCCUCCACUCCCUCGGUCCUAUGACUUUACAGAGCAUCCUCCCAUAAUCCCCCCUCUGCCCAGUGAUAGCAGCUCCUUGCUCUGUUAUAGCAGGGGCCCAGUACAUCUGACAGAAGAAAAGAAGAUGUACCAAGUUCAAGGAUAUCAGAGAAAUGGAUCUUACUGUGGUCCUGAUUAUAGGCUUUAUAAGAGUGAACCCGAGUUAACUACAGUAGCAGAAGUGGAUGAGUCUAAUGGUGAAGAAAAAACAGAAACAGUUUCGGAAUCAGAGUCUUCUGCUAAAGGCUCUCAUUUCCCUGUGGGAGUUGUACCACCCAGAACCAAAUCCCCAACGCCAGAGUCCUCAACAAUAGCAUCCUAUGUCACUUUGAGGAAGAAUAAGAAGAUAGAUCUGAGAACGGAGAGGCCAAGGAGUGCAGUGGAGCAGCUGUGCCUUGCAGAAGGCUCACGGCCCCGAAUGACUGUGGAGGAGCAGAUGGAAAGAAUAAAGAGGCACCAACAAGCUUGUCUGAGAGAGAAGAGGAAAGGAAUCAAUCUUAUUGGGGUUUCAGAGCAGUCUCCCUCCCAGAGCUUGUCCUAUGUCAGGGAUAAUCCACUCAAACUGGCACAGAAUCGGAAAAAGGAUGAUACAAUAUCUGGUAACAUGAAGGAGUUAGAGGGCACCAGCAGAGAAAAUAAUUUGAAACAAAAUAAUGGAAGUCCUGGGGAAGAAAUAGCACAACUGAAAAAUGAUGGAGAUCAAGAACAUAAUUCAAGUUUUGCUAAAGAGCUGUCAAAAACUGAUGAUCUUUUAUCAGAUGCACAUGUUGUAUCUGACUCAAAAGAAGGGAGUAAUGAAGAGAAAGCAGAAAAGAAAAAUAAAUUGGAAGAAACACAUGAUGGUGAUACAAGCAGCUUGCAGAGUGUGACCACAGUUGCAAACCACAAACCCAAAAGCAGCUCAGAAGAAAGUGAAAUACUCAGUGUUCAAGAACAAGAAGGGAUUGUGUCUUCAUUUGAAUUAGCAGCACAGUCUUCAAAAGGAAAUCAGGCAGCAGCAGUGAAAAGUUUGCCUUCCUCACCAGAAUCGUCCUUGUCACCAGCUCCAUCCACACAGACCCAGCUCACAGAAGGAUCCCAUUUCAUGUGUGUAUAGUUACAGAGAACACUAACGGCUCCUGUUGAAACAAUUCAUGCCUGAGAUGUAUGGACCUGACGUAUGAAAAUAUGAGAAGAUAUUGUACAGUAUAUUUUAAAUCUAUGAAAUUCAUAGUUCUGAUGCUUUUGGCCACAGAGCAUCGUUUUAUCACUUCCUGGAAAAUGUUUAUUCCAAGAGAGCUUUAAAUGGCCCACGUGUACACUCAACAACCUUCAGAUUGUUCUCCUGAUACCAGCUUGCUGCUACGAUUUCCGUGCACAUAAAACAAAGGCUCUUUUUAAAGUGCAGCCUACAGUCAGAACUUUAUUUGCCGUUCUUCAGAAUUUAAUGUUCUUUUAAUGAUGGAUCAUUUAAGUUUACUUUUUUUGCUUCUUUUAGAUGCAUAACUCGGUUAAUUUUACAUAUCACCACUAAACCUUGUUUUACACUUUUUCAACAUUACAAUUUAUUGUUUUAACAAUUUAUUUGUAAAAUUUUUAUAUAUAUAUACAUAUAGAUAUAUUUAAAAUGUGCCAUUUUUAUUAUUGCUUAGUAAGAGAUGUCCUGUUUCUGCUGUAAUGAUUUCUUGGUCAGGUUGCAAUGUCAGCAGUUACUGCCACACUUCUGUCAACAUAGACAUUAAUGUUAGUGGUUCCUUUUUCUUGACUAAAAUGGAGUGUAGGUAUUUUGAGGUACUGGGCUUUUCCUUCACGGGGUUGGGGUGUGUACAGCAAUAAGCAGGUUUUCAAUCCAGUACUUAGUUUGUGUACAAAUGUAAUUAUGUUCAUUGUGUAUAUAUUAUACAAUGAGCACAUAUGAUGUAAGUAUAAGAAGCCACUUAUUAUUGUUCAAAUACGAAUGUUCAUAUCCCAUUUCUUUUAUAUCAUAUUAAAUAAAUGUUGAUGUUCUUAAGGACUUGUAUGGUUAGUAUUUCUUCCAGCAAACAGAUGUCACACUGUGUUCCACCUUUUGAUGUGGGGAAUGCAACAAUUCCUACCCCACUGGCAACAUCACCUGUCAACCAGAGUAGCAGUGACAGACUCUUUAAGAGAUCCCAGUCUUCCUCUUCAGGAAAGAAUUAAGGCUGCAACACAGAACAAAACAGACAACCUGAGACUGAGAUGCAAGAAAUACAGGUUCAGCUCCUGGCUCUCCCAGCCUUGUGUUGUGAUACUGGAAUAAUCACUUAGUCAUUCUGCUCCUCCAUUCCCUGCCUGUUUACACGGGAGGUAAUAGCCUGUCUUAGUGGGGUGUGGUGAGCAGUAAUUCAAUAUUUGCAAACGCUGAUUGCCAAGUUCAGUGGGGUUAAGGAGAGAAGUGUGAUGAUUCCUGGAGGCUUUGGCAUCUGCGUAGCAUCUUCCAGAAACUGAAAGAAAACCUGAAAUAGUCUGUCAGGUGUUGUCACACUACAGAUGUUAGAAGCUUUCCUGUUCCAAAUCACACAGCUGCCUGAAUUUGCCAGAGACAGAAGAGGGUUAGAAAAGAACUAAGAGAAACAAAAAUAUUUCAGGGAAAGCUUUUGAAUCUUAGGAUGUAAAGCUAAGGAAUCUUUUGCAGGUUCAGGCAACUGCUGUGUGCUUCAGUGCAUGUGUGUGCCAUAAGUGGUAAGGCAAGUUUCACAGGAAGGCAGCUGCCAGCUCCUGUUGUGCUUUUUUUUUAUCAUACAAAUCAUAUCCUGACCAAGUUAAUAUUGCUGUUCUAGAAGCUGUAUCAUUCAUUGUGCUUGUCCAUAGAGGAGUGCCUGAUACUGUCCCACAGUUUGAAAUGAUUUUACCAUUGCUCCUCUCCCCAAGUAGGAGUUUGUGUUUGUUGGAUUCUUCCGGCACUCCCAGCUCUGCUGCCAGUUCUUCCUGGUGCUCUUUGCCACAAAGAUGUUGUCUGGAUACCUGUUGUUCUGCCAUGUUCUCUGAAAAGAAAAAAAAAAAAGAAUAUUUUUGCAGAAUUCAGCAGCAGAGCCUGGAGGGGUCACAGUGGAAGAGGUGGCUGAAGGAAAGAUGAAUGAUGAUGCAGGCAGACAGCAUCGAGCUGAAAAGUUACCACAUCGCCCUCUUUUUUUGGAACAGCAGCCCCAAAUUAGUGCAUCCUUUCAUCCAAAAGGCAGAGCAAGGAAGAAGAAUGUGAUUUUAUUGCACAACCAAGCAAGGCUUAAGUUCAGUGGCAUCACUGGAACACCUGAGGCAAAGCAGAUGGGACACACCCUGUUCUCUCCCUAACCCUCCCAGAGAGAGCUGCUUGCUGUCAAGUUUUGCAAUCUCUUUCUGCCCUUGCUGCCAAGAAAAGAAUUGCAACCAAUAAAGGAAAGAAUGACUAAGUGAUUUUUGGGUAUUUAUAGAUGUUGCCUGUGUCUAAAGCAGUUGUUGGUUUGGUGUAUCUGCAAGGAAUGUGCAGUUUAUAAUGGAGCUGGGCAAGGAGGGGAGAAUGAGCAAGUUUUGCUGAUGGAACUGUUGGCAAAGACAGCAAAGGUGAAUGAUGCAGAAAUGUAGUAAUGAUCAUAGGCUAUCAUUUCACUUCCUGUGGGCACUUGCUGCAAAGACUUGGAGUUUCAUUGGGUGCUCUAUAUUUUUGUCUUAUGGAAAAAUAUAAUAAUAAAUGUAUGGCUUUGUGUUAUCACAGAGCAUCUACUGUUUCUUACCUCAUCAGAAUAACUCAUCCCAGUGAUCGUACUCCUGAGAUAUAGAAAUAUCAGAAUACUGAUAUGGUCAGCCUUCAAACAUCUAUUUUAAGUUUGUAUCUAGGAUAUUUUUAUAUUUCUGACUGAUUGCUUUAUUGGCUAUUGCACUGACACUUGUAUAUAUGGAACGUGCUUUUUUUUCAAAAGCAAGAGUCCUUAGGAAUAAUGCAACACAUUCUCUACAGAUGUUCAUGCUUUUCAGAACCAAUUACAUCUAUUUUUGUCUUUUGUUCACCAUUUGCAUUGUUCCAAGGCUACUAGAGAAUGUGAAUCUUUAAAGUCCCUUAAUAAAGUGACAUUACUCAAAAAGUUA